AUGCGGACGAUUUUCCAGGAGACGCUGCUUGGGCCUGUGGACCUCUCGUCGCUGGCGAUUGAUUUUCCGGCGGACGUCCCGCGCGACGCGUGGCCAGACUUUGUCAAAGAGGGCCGCGAUCUGGGCGACCCGCGGUACAAGGAAGAGCCGCUCAAGGUGUCUGACCUGAUCGAUUUCAAGGUCUUCAAUGACGACUUUCGGGUGGAGCUCGACGGGGUGGUGGCCAUUGAGGUCAACCCGAUUGCCGAGUCGUUCCGGGUGACCGAGGGCGGCAGUGUCAUUUCCGAGUUUCCGCUGUCUGUGCAGAUGGGUUCUGCGUCCCCAGCCGAGUCUGAGAAGCUUAUCUCGACGCUCUUUGUGCCACCCGAGUUUGGCGUCACGUUUGUCGGCACCUCGCACGGCUUUGACCCAGCAGGCAAGACGUCGGGCUUUAUCCUGUGGAUGGGCAAGCGCGGCGUGAUUGUUGACCCGCCGCCGUACACGGGCGACGUGCUGAUGCGGAUGGGCAUUGCACCGCGGCUCAUCGACUCGAUCAUUCUCUCGCACUGCCACGCAGACCAUGAUGCCGGGUCGUUCCAGAAGAUCCUCCGUUCGUCGAACGUGCGGCUCAUCACGACGCCGACGAUCCUCGGCUCGUUUCUCCGCAAGUACGCGGCCAUCUCGGGCUUUUCAGAGGAGUUUAUCUCAAAUCUCUUCCGGUUUGUGCCGGUCAAGAUUGGGGCACCGAUUCGGGUUCAUGGCGGCGACAUCACGUUCCAGUACUCGCUCCACACCAUCCCAUGCAUCUCGUUCCAGGCUGAGUACGCCGGUAAGACGAUUGCGUUUUCGGGCGACACGUGCUACAACCCGGAGCUGCUCGCAGAGAUGGAGGCCAACGGGACGAUCGGGGCUUCGCGGCGAGAGCAGCUGAUGAACUUCAACUUUGGGCCGACCUCAUUCUGCAUGAGGCCGGCGUGCCGCCGAUCCACACACCGAUUUCACUGCUUGCGGAGCUCGACGAGAGCACGCGGUCGCGGCUGUAUGUAG